AGCCAAUCGUUUGUUUAGAUUUUUAUAGUCAGCAGUCAAUAGCCAUACACUUAGACUACAACUAUAACUACUGUAAUAAUAAUACCCAACCAGUCGUUUGUUUUGUCUGUAUAUAUAUGUGUAUAUGUUUUGUUUGGACCAAUUGUGGUGAUCAUUGGAUUUUGUUUGUUGUUUUUGAUUAGUGUGGACACAAACAGACCAAACAGAUUAUAUAUAAAUAUAUACAAUACGUGACACCGACCGAUGUCGAUGACCAACGAAUCGUCAUCAACAACAUCAUCAUCAGCAGCAACAGCAGUAGUAUCAUCGGCAACGGUGGCCAACAAUAAUAGUAAUAACAAUAAUAGUAUCAACAAUUCGACAACAAAUGUAUUGCCAAUGAGUGGUCAAUCAUCGAUAGUGACGGUCAAUGCAACGGUAACGCCGACUGCAGUCGUAAUGAGUUCGGCGGCCGCUAUGCCGUCGACAUUGACGGCCUCAACAGUGACCAGUCAAGUACAACAACAACAACAGCCCACUAUGGUUCAGACAAUGGUCAACAAUACGGCUGUCGUUGCGGCCGCCAAUCAGCAACAGAUUGUCACUUCAUCGCAACAACAACAGCAGCAACAGCUGAUCCCGACGUCGCAGACAAAUCACUUGAACACAAACCACGGUCUUAUUGCUCAAUCGAUUGGCACUGCCAUCACAUCGGUGGCCAGUCAUCAUCCGACCGUACAUAUGGCGGCACAGCAGUCGCAAACCAAUACUAUGCAGUCGCUAAUUCAGACGUCGAUGCCUCAGGCGGCCAACCAGAUGAGCGUUGCCAUGUCAUCCCUACCGCAAGUCCAGAUGAUUCAGCAGCCGUUGGGUGCCGCUGGCGGACCCUUUCAGUUUCAGCAGGUCUAUCCGCAACAGAUGCUAUUGCCGGGCAAUCUGACCAUCCAGAAUCUGCCGUUCGGCACAACCAAUCAGGGCCUAUCCCUACAGAUACCGUUUACGGGUGCCGGCGCACUGAAUACGGGCGGUAUGCCUAUUACAACGAUUGCGGCCAAACAGCCAAUCAUGUCGAAAGGUGUGGCCAUAUCGCCGCUGCCGAACUCGCAUCAGAUGCUAUCGCAGAUCAAGCCGAAUACGAUUGGCGCACAAAAUGCACAGUUACUGAAACAGAUGAUACCGGGCCAACAAUUUUUGUCCAAUUCGGCGACCAACCAGACAGUGGUCAUCAGUCAACUGUUGCCGCAGAGUCAUCAUCAUCAGCACCAUUCGAUGCCGCAGUCUAUACUUCCGGCCACCAAAGGCAUGGAUAUUCCCAAAGGAAAACCAUUCGGUACGGGUAGUGCUCGUCUUUAUGGUAGUAAUAAGAUGCUGUCCAACAGCGGUGCCAUACAGCCGAAGUCGUCACCGAUACUUCCGGCCACAUCGAUCUCAUCGCCACUGUUGGCCAGUUCUCAGUUCAAGAAUUUCACAACAAAUCACGCCAACACUGCUCAACUGAUUGCCACACAGACACCGUCGGGACAACUGAUUACCAAUCAACAGAUAUUCGGCGGUUCGUUUCAGACCAUACAACCUGGUCUGACGUGGACUACCGGUCCUCAGUCGACACUGGUUUCAUCGCCCAAUGGACCCAUAUUUAUUCGCGGACCGGGACAAGGCGGCGAACAUAUGUUCAUAUCGACGUCCAACAUAUCCAGUCCGCACAUUCAAACUGUAUCGAUGGCACCGCCGAUGAAUAUGCAGUCGGCGAGUCAGGCAAUACAUAUGAAUACUGCACCGAAUCAAUCGCAACCCACUCAUCUAACCACAACCAUACAGCCGAUUCCGGUAUCCACUCAUAUUAGUAGCGCACCGAACAUCACCACCAGUACAGCUACCACAUCCUUAGUCACUACUACACUGCCGACGGCUAUAGCACCCGCCCCGACACCACCGACUGCUACAAAGUCGCGUAACAUUAGACAACAAUCUAGUAUUGCCACACAAACUAAUACGGCAGCCAAUGCUCAAAAACAACACCCGGAAAGUACUUCUUCAUCGUCGACGACACCAUUGAAAGCAAUAGCACCGGCAAAACCCAAACCCAGUCCACAACAACAACAACAGCCAGUGUCUCAAAGUAGUAAAACUGUGAAUAAAGAGUCGUCGGUUGCAACCACCACUACCACACGUUCGACAGGUGUCGGUGCCACUCAAACAACAAUAAACCAGUCGACAAUAGCGACAGCCGUGGUGGCGGCUACUACGCCAUCAACUAAAGCCGAUGCCGGCAAUCAGACAACCAGAGUAUCGGUGGCCACUGAGACACCACCGAAAACCAAUUCACAAUCACAAAUGUCAAACAAUCGUUUUAUUAGUGAUAACCACAACAACAACAGUAGUAGUAGUAGCAGUAGUACUACUACUAAUACCACCACCAACACCAUCAACAACAAUAACAAUUUGAACAAACAUAUUGGCGUUAAGAGUACCACCACUAGCUCCACGGGUACUGAUAUGAAUCAUACGAAGAACAACAAUAGCAGUACGAAUGCUGCCGAUGUUAGUCACGAAAUAAAAUUAGUAACGAAACGAGUGGUCGAAAAGAGAGACGCAUCGACCGGUGAGGAGAAUGAGAUGCUAUAUUCGCAGCACAACAACCAUAAAUCGGUGCACAUGUCGAUGACACAAUCGGUGGCCAACAUUAUGGCAAACAACAACACAUUGUUAGGCAGUAAUCAGACAAAUGGCCUACAAAACAGUGUGUUGUCGGAUCUGAAUCGUCUGGAAAGACAACCGCCCCAAAAGGCUAUCGUUAAGCCACAGAUAUUGACGCACGUCAUCGACGGUUAUGUUAUACAGGAGAGUGCCAAUCCGUUUCCAGUUAAUGGUCUGUCACAAUACAACAAUGAGUUUGGCAGCGGAGGCGGCGCCGCCGAUGACCGUAUCACCAAUGGUAUUAUUCCGACCAUUGAAAACACAAAACUAUUGAGAAAUUCCAAUGAAAACUCUUUGCAUACCACACCGUCGCCGCCAUCGGCGGUACUCGCGAACAAUCGGACCAAACCGGACAAACAUAUAUGUCUUAACUGUGGCGGCAAACGCAAGUCGAGUUCAAAGAACGGCCGAAUGCCUAAACGAUUUUGUAGUCAUCACUGUUCCGAUACAUUCAACGACAAGACUUCGUUGACAACAACGCCAACGGCUAACACUCAGCGGUUGUCGUUAUAUAACUCGGUGACCGCCCGACUCAAUGAUAACAAUAAUGAUACUCAAAAGCUGAACGACGAUUUGAUGUCAACAAACGAUAACAACAACAACAACACCACCGAAAGGCAUACCGGCGAUGAAAGAAAGAAAACAAAAGUAUCGUCGAAGAAGUCGUCAUCGAUAGAAAGUGCCAACGAUUUGAAACUGACCAAAAACGGUGAUAUAAACGAUGCGAACAAUCAUUGCAAGAAUCUGCCGAUGGUCGUAACAGAACCGCAUCUUCUGCCGAAUGUGAUACCACCACAGCUGCCGCCGCAACCGGCACCGAGUGUUAACAUUGUAGCGCCCGAAGAGAACAGUGCUAUUGCCGGACUAUAUAUACCUCCCGGCGGUAGAAAUCCGCUUCAAUGGAGUGUCAGCGAUGUCUACGAUUUUGUACGCAAUCUUCAGGGCUGUACUGAAUACGCUGACGAUUUUCGAUCGCAAGAAAUUGAUGGCCAGGCCUUGAUGUUGAUCAAAGAGGACCACUUGAUGAACACAAUGAACAUGAAGUUGGGUCCGGCGCUGAAGAUAUGCAGCAAAAUCAAUGCACUGAGAGAUGACUGUCAGAAACAGAGUAAUUAAACAGAGAAGUAGUAGAAGAAGAAGAAGAAGAUGAAGACAAAGAGACAUAUAUUUACCAUUUAAAUCACUUAUUCAUCACGAAAUCAUUGGUUCAUUACUACAUUAGAUUUUAAAAGUUUUUUAAUUAUAUAUAU